AUGGGUGAGGUCAUCGAAGACCUCAAAAUCGAAGAUCCCGGAGUCAAGAAGGAGUGGCUGAAGGAGCGCAGCACGUGGAGACUACCAUACUGGAACUGGGCUCUCCAACCAGUCGAGGGGGUCCCUGACUUAUUUAAGCAUGACAAGGUGGCCAUCUGCACUCCGUCAGGAACCGAGCCAGAGACGGUUACGAAUCCCUUGCACCGCUAUGAGAUGAGGGUUGACGGAAAGGUCACGCUAAUGGGAAGCCCAGCGUUGGGUAAAUACAAAAUUGACGAUGUGAAGCAGGAUUUCCUCCCCGAAGGAAUUCAGAACUAA